UUUAAUGGCGCAUCCCAAGUUGUUAGGACCCCUUGUUAAAAUAUUGGUCAAGCGCUCUGGAAUCGGAGCACCCAGUGUUUGGCAUGCAGUGAUCGUGACCUUCUUGCACUACUUUUCCUGGGCCCUUCUUACCAUUCCCUACAUGGAAAUACUUUCGAAAUACUUUGGAAAUGGCGUUCUCCUCGUCGACGGUUUGGUUUAUGGAGUCCGAGGAAUAGUUUCCUUUGUGAGCACGCCUGUCAUGGGCGCCAUAUCCGAUUUCCGUGGUCGCAAAGUGGUGAUGCUCUUGGCGGUAGUGACUACUUACUCACCGAUUCCUUUCAUGAUGUCAAACUACUGGUGGUUCCUCGCUUUACUCUCCGUGAGCUCUAUCUUCGGAAGCACUUACUCCUCAGCUUUGGCAUAUGUGGCGGAUGUCACCAGCCAAGAGGACCGAUCGAAGGGAUAUGGCAUCGUGGCAGCCAGUUUUGGUGCCGGCAUAGCAUUCUCCCCACUGUUGGGCAACAUUUUGAUGAAUUCUUUCGGACCCGCAGCAGUUAUUCUGAUUGCAAGCAUUACUGGCUUACUGAAUAUUUUGUUUAUCAUUUUUGGAGUGCCAGAGAGUUUGGUAUUAAAAGAAAUGAGCGUUGUGUUGGAGGAGACGAAUGAUAACAAAAUGGUCAUGGAAAGUUCGUGCCAGAUAACAAAAGAGGAGGAAGACUUAAACCUGGAGGAGGAAACAGUUAUAAAUCCUAAAGAAAAGAAAACGAUGCUAAAUGGGCAAACAGAUAACCAUGUCGUAAACCACAAAUUAAAGGAACAAAUAGAAGCCGGUAUUUUUAAACUGGAGAAACCGAUCCUAAAGAUGCAGGAUAUUUCUGAAGAAGAGCAGACCCUUCAAACCGUUACCACUAAACAAACCCAAUAUUCAAACAAUAAUGGGAAAACCGUAGAGGAUAAGAAUGAACUGAUACUAGAGGUGACUAAAAAGGAUACUAAACUUACGGAAAAGGGGGAAAACGAUAACGAUAACAGCAGAUCUCAUCUCUGGGCAGUACUACGCCAAAGCCGUAAAGAUAAAAACCUGUUAGUGGUAUUUAUCAUAUCAUUUCUAUCAAUUUGGCCCUUUGCGGCCGUAGAUUCCACAGCUCCUCUCUACCUUAAAACCAAUAUGGGAUUCGAUUACGAAGAGGUGUCCUUGAUGCUGGGACUGCUAUCUGUGCUAGGAAUCACCUCGAAUCUCCUGUUAGGGUAUCUUGUGAGCGCAGUGGGUGCUCAGUGGUCGAUCCGACUUGGCUUAAUUUGCCAGCUGUCGCAGCUGCUGUUGCUCGGAUUUGGAACCCAACAUUGGAUGUUCUGGCUGGGCAGCGUAAUGGCUGCCAUGGCCACCAUUAUCCAAGCAGCCAACAAUUCACUGGCUUCGAUUUACGCCAGUCCUGAGAAUCAGGGCGCUGUCAUUGGCAUUAUCGCUGGGAUCGAGUGUUUAAGCGAGGGCUUGGGACCCGCCAUGUUUGGACUAAUGUUCUACCUUUUUCAGGAUAAUUCAAAGAUUGAUCAAUCAGUAAACCAACCAAUCCCAUUGCCCUUUGUCGUAGGUGCCGUUGGGGUCUUUGUGGCCAUUAUUCUGACCAGUUUUUUAAAAAAGCAGACUAUUGAAAAGACGCAAAUAAAGACGAAAUAAGUGUUUAAUGACUACCACGAUUCAGAAUGUAAAUGUAGUUCUUGUUAAAAUGCAUAAAAUUAAGUAAAACGUGUAAUAAGUUUGCAACGCAGCUUUCAAAAUUAAAAUUGAUAACUGAUAAUUACGAAA